GACGGCGUUGUACCGGACUUGCUAAUGAAUCCGCAUGCAGUUCCUUCUCGCAUGACAAUAGGUCACCUUGUUGAGUGUUUGCUUGGAAAGACUGCAGCAAUUAUUGGGGGGGAAGGCGAUGCGACUCCUUUUAACGAUUACACCGUAUCCUGGAUUGCAGGUGAGUUGCACCGUUUGGGUUUCGAGCGUCACGGCAACGAGCGUCUCUAUCAUGGGCACACGGGUUUGCACAUGCCUUCUUUGAUAUUCAUUGGGCCGACAUAUUACCAGCGUCUUAAACACAUGGUAGACGACAAGAUACACGCGCGAGCGAGGGGCCCAGUAGCAGCGCUGACGCGUCAGCCUAUGGAGGGCAAGAGCCGAGAAGGUGGCUUGCGUUUUGGGGAGAUGGAACGUGAUUGCAUGAUAUCUCAUGGGGCUGCUCGCAUGCUUAAAGAGCGUCUCUUUGAUCAAAGUGAUGCCUACAGAAUACACUGCUGCGAUAUUUGCGGAACGAUGUGCGUGGCUGACCUGCAACGCCUCGCUUUCGAAUGCAAACUGUGCGGAAACAGCAACAAAAUAUCACAAGUCUACAUACCAUAUGCAUGCAAACUACUCCUACAGGAACUCAUCUCCAUGUGUAUUUACCCCAAACUGGUGCUACAGGUGGCGUAA